CUGGGAGGGCUAGAAGGCCCGUGAUCAGACUCUCGCCAAAUCUCCAUUUCUUCGACCACUUCUCCCUCGGCGACUAAAAACCAAACACCUGAAGCCCACCUCCGGUCUUCCCCAUUUCUCGCCUCCGCGCUCCCAAAUCGGAUGGAGCUCCCCAGUGGGAGCCUCUUCCUGCUGGGCUUUCUUCUCCUCUUCGCCGCCUUGCUCGAUCUGGCGGCGGCCAUCCGGUUCCCCGACCGGAUCCCAGAGUCCGGCCGCCGGCAGCCGAACCAGCCCCUCAGGGUUGCCGUCUUCGCCCUUGGGAGCUUCUGGCGUUCCGAGGCCACCUUCGGAUGCCUCCCCGGCGUCGUCCGGACCUCGGUCGGUUAUGCCGGCGGGUCCAAGACCAACCCGGAGUACCGAAACCUUGGAGACCACGCCGAGAGCGUCCAGGUUGAAUAUGAUCCCAAGUUGAUUCAAUUCAAGCAGCUUUUGGAUGUCUUUUGGGCUAGUCAUGAUCCUAGGCAGGUUUUCGGCCAAGGACCAGAUGUAGGAAACCAGUAUAGAUCAAUUAUCUUCACAAAUGGAACGCUAGAGGCUAGAUUAGCUGCCGCAAGCAAAGAAAGGGAACAGACCAAGAGUAGGGGCAGUAUUGUGACUACACAAAUCCAACAACUAGGAACAUUCUAUCCUGCUGAAUCUGAACACCAGAUUCGAGAUAGAAUGAAGAUCUCAAUUCUGGCAAUGGUGGUGGUAAGGAGCUUAACUCUGAUGACGGGAAUAUUGAGAAGCACGGGCAGUUUAUUACCUAGAAGCUCUGAAAUGUUGAAUGAGAGGCAUGGGAAGAAACACAAUAUAUAGUUUGUUUUGGAUGAUGGAAAAUCAGCUUGGUGUUCUAUUGGGGGAUUUUUGGGACAAGAGAGGUCUUGAUUUGCAAACAUGUCAAAGAGGGGUCUGUAUAUGCAGUUAAUUUAUGAAGGAAAGAGUUAAUGGAAAAAGCCCAAUAGGGAUCUUUUGACAAGAAUAUCAGCAUUUUAUCUUUUCUAUUGAACCAAAAGGAUAGCUUGAUCUCUUUCUUUUUCACUACUGAAUAACUUAAAAAGAGUUGCUAAGUGGUUUCUAGACCUUGUCUGAAAGAAUGUGGUUAGGGAACAUAAGCAGCAAGAGAAUGGUGGUAAUAGACAAGGGAGAGGAUAUUGUGGUGAUUAAGUUGGCCUGCUAAUUGAAACUCACAAAAGACAAUAUGAAAUGGAUGGAGGUGUUUAGGUUAUACAGGGUAAUAUGUUUUUUAACUUGAAAAAAAUAUUAUAGAUAUUGACCCAAGGAUAGUGAUCAGAAUUACUAAGAAAAUUGCAACAAAAUUAGUUAUGUUAUAAGAAAUGGGUAACAAGGGGAGAAUCAGAACUACUAUGGAUCUUAUAUUUGUCUUAAUUGAAGAAGGUAAUUAGAUUUUUUUCACAAAACUCUAUCUGGUAAAAACAGGAUUUGAAAUGAUGGUAUUAAAUUAAAUAUAAGGGAGUAAAUUGAAUGACACCGAGGAUUCUCUUUUUAAUAAUUUGGGGUCCCAGAGGUUGUGUUCAGUGUGGAGUGUGGAAAAAAAAACCCUAGUUUGAUGAAUCUUCAUUCCUGUUUUUUCAGUGGUUCAAAUCACUUUAUAUGUUAGUCUAGAGAGGUCUUCCGAACCUUGGGUUUUUAUGAAGUUAUCAUUUUGUUUGAAGUAGGAAACACCAUAGGAGACUGGGCUUGAUGUAAAGUCUGAGCAUGAAAAGCAAUCCAGCUAGCUGAAAGCAGGGAAGGUUAGACUAGGCUUUUAAAUAGGUAACGAAGUAUUCACUGUUGAGAAGAUUAAUUUGGUUCUUUGAAAUAAGUACUAGCAUGUAUCUUCAGAUGAUCUGAUAUCUGUUUUCUGGUUAGAAAAGUAUCUAAGCAGAGAGGAGUAGAAGGAUUGGAAGGAAUUUGGAGGACAACUCUAGGAGCAAUGUCAAGUCUACUUCAAACCAAUAAGUAUUUAGCCCUUGAAUGUUGACAAUUCAUUAUAAUUUCUUGGUCUUCCCAAUAACCAUAAAAGCGCAUACAAAUUCUAUCCUUCAUGUUGAUUCUAAAAUGUAACUACUGUUAUAUGCUAAUGUGCAACAGACACCCAGGGCAACACCAAUAAAAAGGUUGGUUUAGAGAGUGAGAAAUGAGAAAAGGCCUAAAAUAUCAUGGCUAGAAAGUUGGGAAAGGAUUUGAGAACUGGUGCUGAAAAAGGACCUUAUUCCUAAUGGGAUUGAAUAUGAAGAAACAUUAAUAAAGUCAGCCCAGACAAUUGGCAAUGGCACAAGACUUCUACAGCUCAUGAUUUUUACAAAAAACUAUGAGCUGACCAUCCACCUAUUUUAACUUCUGGGUAAGAUUCCAGCUCUCUGUUGCUUAAUCACCUUGACAAAGACCUUACAACAAAGUAGUGAACUACCAUAUUAUUUAUGAACCAAACUAGACAUGGAUCUGGUGGUUGUAAGUUUUGACAACUUGAACAACACAGUUUUGGACAUUGGUCCUAUAUCGGCUGAUCCAUUAAUGUGGAUGGUUCCAAUUGAUAUAAAAAUUUAGGCUAUAUUGUGUUAUACAAACCUAUUAUGCAGCUGAUUCAAUUGUUGAUUGAAUGGCUUUCCAUGAAUAAAUUAUCUGACUUAUGAUCAGGCAUGUCCUGCAUGUGCCAUACAGCAGAUGGUUAUGCAUGCUUCUACGUGCCUUCAUCAGAUUUAUGUGAUAAGUUUCACCCAUUUCCAAUAGGCUUCUCGUGAGUCAUGUGACUGUCUUUUGCCAAGCCUUAGUAGUUAGACUUAGGCCCUAUUUAGUAUUGCAGUUGGAGGGUUAAAAAGUACUUUCUAGAGGGCGAAAAGUUUUUUUUGGAUUAUUUUGAGAUGUUUGGUAAAAAAUUUAAAGCUCUUUAUAGCCUCCAAAA